GCUAGAGGGCAGUAGUGACGUCAUGUGACGCUGUUGCGACCCGCGUGAAGAAGCGCAUAAGGGGGCGGAGCUUUAGCGCAGCUGAGAGCGACGUGUUCUUACCAUCAAUGUGCUAAUACUUCAUUCACAAAAACAUGGUGUUGUUAGAAAACGACGCGUUUCUUACUGAACUCACGCGACUCUUCCAGAAAUGUCGGACGAGUGGAAGUGUGGUCAUCACUUUAAAGAAAUAUGAUGGGAGAACAAAGCCGGUCCCCAGGAAAGGAAAUCCAGAGACCUUUGAGCCAACUGACAACAAAUGUCUCCUCAGAGCUUCAGACGGCAAGAAAAAGAUAAGCACAGUGAUCACCACCAAAGAAGUAAUAAAAUUUCAAAUGGCAUAUUCUAAUUUGGUGAGAGCGCACAUGGACGGGCUGAAGAAGAAAGAUAAAAAGAGUAAAAGCAAGAAAACUAAAGCCACACAGUAAAAGACAUGGAGAGAACUAAUGGAGAGAGAGAGAACGAGCGAGAGAGGUGCGCUGUUAAUAUAACCUCUCCAUGACAUCAAACACUCACCUGUGCCACUCCAUCUUCCCAUCAGCCACUGCAGCGUUACAAUCACAGACACCCGUAUGAAACAUCUGCUCCGGUACUGAUGGGAAAUCUGAUAUAUUCAUUAUGUGUGGCGCUUCUCAGAGGACGAAUGAUCAGGAAUAACCUGAAACCUGCCAACGUUUGAUGUCUGCUCUUCAAACCAGAUUUCAUUUCGCUGUUAUUGGACUGAUGAAAAGAUUUUGUUAAUUUACAUCAUCUUACUAAAGGUUUUUUUUUUUUUAAGAUGCUGAGGGUUUAAUUGGGUAAAAACGAGUCUGAGUUUUGUUGGUAAAGUAAUUUAUGAUUUAAAGUCAUGUUUGGAUUGCAGAAAUGUUGCCUGUAUGUGAAGUAUCAGACGGUGUCUUAAGUUUAUUUCAUUGUUUUUAGGUUUAAAAUCCCCCUUUAAUAAAAGUUGCUCCUGUUAUUGCGUUACCUGAA